AUGAAUUUAACAAAUGAUUCUAGUGAAAAUGAUAAUGAUAAAGAUUCCUCGAGUGAUGAAGAUGAUGACGAAGAUAAUGAAAAUCUUUUUAUUAAUUCACCAUCGAUAUUAGUAGACAAAUUCUUUUGUACUACUACUACUAAUAAUAAUAUCAAUGAAGAAUUUGACAGUAAUAGUGAUGAUGACAUUAGUGAUAUUGAAAAUCAUUAUUUUUCGGAUGAUAAUAAUCAAUCAUCAAGACAAAAUCGUUUAUGUACCAUAUUACGACAAUCAAAUCCUCUUGUUCAAUUAAAAUUAAAUCUAAUUCAUAAUAAUAAUCAAUCAUUAUUACGUGAUGCUAUAUCCGAUAGUGAUAUGUCGAAACAAGGACAUCAUAUAUUUCGUUUACGUCGUCUUUAUUUACCAUCAUCAUCAAAUAAUGAAUUACAAACUCAAAUAACAAAUUGGUUACAAGCAAGUACAUGUUUAAUUGAUUCGAUAUCAACAUCAACAUAUCAUCGACGAUGUUGGUCACAAUUAUUAUUAACAUAUUUUAUUGAACGACGUUUUGUUAAUUUACAAUUUAUUCUUUGUACACAUUCAAUAUUAUUAACAACAAUUGAUCAUGAUUCAUGUUCAAUACAUCAACAUGCAUGUGUACCAGAAGAAGAUGCAUAUAAAUUAUGUUCGAUUUUACAAAAAGGUUCACGAUUUAAUAUUGAUUCAAAUAUAUUUGAUCAUAUACGUCGUAUUAUUGUUAUUAAAAGUAUGCAAGAAGCAAUUAAUGAUAAUACAAAUUUACAAGAACUAUAUGUUAAACAAUUAACAAGUCUUAAACAAUCAUUAAAUCAUCAACAAUCAUCUGUAACGAAUAUAAAUGAUAAUAAUAUAACAAUAAAUGUCGCAUCAAUUUAUUCAAAACUUCUACUUUUUCUUUCAAGUCUUUAUUCGAUCAAAGCUGAAACGAUGCAAACACUUUUUUGUCAACAUCUUCUACACAAUCCGAUGUAUUCCUAUCUUGUUACUUCAUGA